AUGGUAUAGAAGCUUCUGUAAAGUUGGCUUUAAAGAUCCCUAGAGCUGUGGAUUUUAACAAUUUUCCUUCAUGUCAUUUUCCUUAAUUCAUUUUGCUAAAAAGUACUUGCACAAAGUGAAAUCAGCAGAUCCUUUUUUAGUCCUUUUAACACAGAUGAUAGUAAUUAACUUAUAAUAUCACAGAUUGGAAUACCUAUUUAGCUGAAAAUUCAAACCACAUCACAAAUUGUGUAACUUCAGAUAUAUUUGGAGGACGAUUUGUUUUUAAUUCAUAAACAGUAAUAACAAAGACAUUUAUCCUCCCUCCUCAUUAUAAACUUAAGAUCGAGUUAAAUUUCUGGAGGUUGUAUUUUUUUUAAAUUUGUUUAUUAGAUUGGAUCCUUGGAAUUCAUUCUUUUAUAUAGUAUUUGUUAAUGGAGAAAAAGCAAUCUCGAAUAAUCCUAAUUCCUCAGGAACAGAAAUUUGUGGAAGUGGAUCUCUUGGUUAGGUUGAUACAAUCAGUAAAUAGAUGGACCAUAUUGGAAAUUCAGCCGUUAUAAUAAUAGUAUCAAGAUAAGCAUCAGCAUAUUGGGGAAUCUCUGAUUUUAAAUUGUCAAUCUUAAACUGUCCAUAUCUUUGUGAUUAUUGUAAUUCAGUUGGAGUCUGUCAGAUAUGGUAUAGAGUUUUAACUUAUUUUACAACUCCAACAUUCACAAAUGGAUAAGGAUGGCUAAAAGAUAAUGCAUAAUAUGAUAGUGUAUUAGAUUGUGGUUAUAAUAAUUAAAUAUCCUAGGUUUUCAAUACUAUGGAAAUUUCUUAACAACUCAAUUGGCCUCUGUUAAUUUAAUUUUAAAUGAUCCUCAUACAAGAAUAAAAGUGGCAUUCAUAUUUCUAUCUGUAGAGAUCACUAGUUCUGUAACAAUAGAAGUAAAUGGUGAUACAUAGAUGUAUUAUUUUACUACUUCACUAAAUACAGUAGCAAAUUAUGAUUAUUUGUGCGGUUCUGAUCUUAAAAUGACCAGGAUUGAAACUUUAGGGCCAAGUAGCACUUCUUCAACCAUGACAAUUACUAUUGGAGUUCCAACUUACCUGACCACAUCCCUGAACACACCAUAUUUCGGUAUUAGAGACUUUGAAGUCUUUACAUAUUAGGAGAAUAAAAUAAUAGAUUAUACUCUUAUCCAUAAAAAUGAUUAUAUCCUUACCUUUGAAGGUUUUUUUUCUUAACAGUACAAUUGUGUAGUAGGGUGUAGUAAUUGUAUUCGAGAUUUAUGCAUAGAAUGUUUUUCAGGUUGGAAUUUUGAUGCGAAUUCUUUAGAAUGUCUACCAAUUUGUGGAGAUCAAUUGAUUUUAAACUAUGAAGAAUGUGAUGAUGGAAACUUAUAUCCUAAUGAUGGAUGUUACUAGUGUAAAUUCUCUUGUCCACUAAAUUGUGUUUAAUGUGAAUUUGGUUAAUGCAAGAUCUGCUACCACAAUUACAAAUUGAUAGAUAAUUAUUGCUAAUUGUCUUGCCUGUAUGAGGAUGAGGAUAGUUUAAUUAAAUAUGAUAUAUAAAUCAAAGAAGGUCAUUAUUGUUAAAUAGCUAAUUUUUUGACAAAUGCAUAUCUUUAGCAUUUCAUUAUCAACACCAACCUUUAAUUUGGAGAUCAAGAUCCUCAAUGCUAACUCUAAAAUUACGGUAUUUUUGCUUAUUAAUAUAAUUAAUGUGAGUAUAAAGAGCCGCCUAAUUGUAUCAUCUCUAUUUUUAAUGACUGUGAACUUUGCAUGAAUCAAUUUGAAAGGACGUUCGAUGGUCAAUGCAUUCCUAUUUGUAGUCAAGGGAUCUACUAUCGGGAUGAAUUUCCUUAUAAUUCUUUUGAAUUUUAGUUUGAUAGUACUUUUUAAAGUAGUAGAUGUCAAUUAGAAUGCUUAGAAUGCCACAAUUCAUUUUGCUUUUCAUGUUUAUAAGGAUGGAAUCUAGUGGAUUACAGAUGUGAUUAUUAAUGUGGGGAUGGUAUAAUAGCUAUGAAUUCUAAUGAAUAAUGUGAUGAUUAAAAUCAGGAUGGUGGAGAUGGAUGCUAUGAAUGUAAAUUUGAAUGUUAAUAAAAUUGUGUAUUUUGUAAUGUUCAUCAUGAAUGUGUAAUUUGUAAUGAGUAUUUUGAGAUUAAGGAUAAAAAUUGUAUUCCAAUAUGUGGAGAUGGGUUUGUUGUGGAAGGAUAAGAGAUUUGUGAUGAUGGUAAUGAUAUUCAAUACGAUGGAUGUCAUAAUUGUGAAAAUUCUUGUAGAGAGCAUUGCCAAAUUUGUGACUAUUAGAACUGUUUAGAUAUUUCUGAUUAAGCGGAUAUUAAUCCUGAUUCUGAUAAUGAAAUCAUAUCGAUUUGUGGUGAUUCUAUUGUCACUUCCUUUGAAUAAUGCGAUGAUGGUAAUGAUGAUCCCUUUGAUGGAUGUGAUUUAUGCUUGUAUUCAUGUCCUUUAAAUUGUAAAAAUUGUUUGUAAAAUCUUUGUGAGGAUUGCAAUAGAGGCUUUGUAAAGAAUGGUAAUGAUUGUCAGACACUUGUGGAAAUGGGUUUAAAUCGGAUUAAGAAGAUUGUGAUGAUGGUAAUCACUUAUCUCUAGAUGGAUGCUCAGAUAUGUGUAAUAUAGAAAUGUAUUGGACAUGCUUUGAGGAUGAUCUCAGAAAGAGUUCUUGUCUUUAAAAUAUACCUCCUCAUUUUAAACUAAUAUUCUUAAAUUAAACUUAUAAUGUCUAAUAUGUCUAAUUAUAAUUUACUAAUAAAAUUAAACUACUAGAUUCAUCAUAAAAUUUAACUCAAAAUUUUAAAGCUUAACUUAUUGAUAUCGAUCCUUCUCAUUAUAAUAUCAGCGAUGUAUUAGUUAAUGAACCUGACAAUUAUAGCGUCCAUGAGAUUAUUUAUUAAUUACGAAUUGAAAUCUUAGAAUAAUAAACAAAAGAUAUUAUUUUACAAGUUCAACUAAAUACUGUAUUGGUUGAUCAAGAUUAUUUUUAAGUUGAUAAUGAUAUUUCUACGAUUCGUCUCAAAAACCCUAUUGUAUUAACAGCUGCAUAAAAGGAGAUUUCCCAUAACAUUAGUACUUAUAAUCUGGCUAUACUUAUAUUCCUUGGAAUAUCAAGUGUUAUUAUUUUGA